AUGGAUACAGAUAGACUGACAGAUUGCUUCUUAAGUAUCAUCAGGAAUAGAUACUUGGUGAACUUGAUACUUGGCAAUGUACAAUCGGGCAACAUUUGGAACAAACGAUAUAGGUCACUGAGGAUGGCCACAGACAUAAUCACAUUUGGUCGUUUCCCUUUGUUAAAGUACCGAUUGCAACGUGACGAUCCCAUCGACUUCCUCUUUGAAGACAUACAGGACAUAUUUGCACAGUGUCGCGACACCUCCCUCUUCACACUACUCUGUCGCCGCUAUUGGGAUCACGUUGAAGCUGCCGGCCCCUUCACAUUGCUACUCAGAUGCGCAGCGGAGCAAGGCAAUCUGUGCGCAGUCAAGUUCCUCUUGGGGUUGGCCUACGACACUGAAGAUGGCGCAACGACCCUGUCUCCGUCCCUAUCCCAUCAUCAUGUGUUGCCCACACCCUCCGAUUUAGCCAAGGCACUGGACUUGGCCGUUCAGUUUGGCCACAUGAAUGUGGUGAUGGAGCUUCAUCGGAGAUACACACAACUUACUGGCGCGCUGGUCUACACUCUCACUAAACUGCCGAACACUACACAGGCGAUGCUUGAGACGUUGGAGUUUGCACGUCGACAGAGUCUACAGUUCGACAUUGAUGAUGAGGAGACGCUUGUUGACGUGUUGCUAUGGGCCGAUCGUCAACUCGCCGAUCACUUCUUGAACAAGACACACUUCAACAUCAAACUGCUUGUUGCACUGCUGAGGCGAAUGUAUGCUGGCGACUCUGCCCUGCGUGGACAUGAUCAUCGCAGUCGAACCAAAGGCAGCCUACAAUCACACUUCAACACGAUCUUCUACAUCAUGGCUCACAUUGAGUUUGAUAAAUUCAAGCCAAACGACUUCCAACAAGCAGUCAACAUUGUUUACUCGUACGACACGAUCACAGACAUCAGCAACAAUGGCGGUAGCAGUACUGAGGAGGACUACUUCAGUGCGGUCAAGCUGAUACAUCGCCUGCUCUUCCACCAUCCGUACAACAUUGGCGAGCAGCUUCAAUUGGCCAAACAUGCGUGGGACCAUGCACUGCCGCUGUACCAUGCCAUUCGCACGGGCAACGUGCAGCUUAUACAUUAUGUGGCGGAAUCAAUACUCACGGCCAAGCAGGAUGAGCUACGCCAGCACCUGCUCUACCAGCCACUCAUUGACAUUGACUUUAGGGCUGAUGUAGUGGAGGCUUUGAUGUCUGCACGUCUGAUCAACGCAGACUCUUUGUACAGCAUGAUGUUUGCCGUUUGCAAGAGCGGACGGCCAAGCACGAUCAAGGGUUUCCUGGCCAAUCUAAGGCGUCACACCAAACAAUUCGAUCACGUGUCGAUAUUCAAUCAAAUGGCGCGCACUGGAUGUAUCAAGGAGGAGUCGAUCGAUGCCAUUAGGCAUCUCCUAGAGGACAUCCACAAGCAACAACAACAACAGCAACAACCAAAUAUUGUCUCUGGCGACCCAUUCGCAUCACCUCCAACUACCUCAACUCCGCCACAGAUCAUCAGACGCGACGUGGUAACAGAGGCAUUGACAUGUGGAAGCGUGGAGCUGGCAAAGUUGUUAUUGGUGGAUAUGAAGCUACAGGUCAACACGAGCGAUCUGAUUUCAAGGCUGGCUAAACAUGGCCAUUUGCAUUGCAUACGCUACGUCCUGUCGCUGUUCAACAGCAGUGAUUGGUCGACAUUGGUAUCAACACCACAACUGACCAAUGCGGUAUUGUUUGGUAACCCGGCCAUCAUUGACCUCCUCAUCGGAUGUACUUCAGCCAAGCUUGAGCUGUCGAGCCUUGCGUUCUUUGUCGGACGCAGUGGCCGCAUCGAUCUGUACCGGAAGCUCUGCCACAGCCAGCUGCCCGCUGGCGUGCCAUCUCAGCUUGUCAACCACAAUGCAAUGAGCGGUGCUUGCUACGGCGGCGACCAUGUGUUCCUGGACUACCUGCUCAAUCACACAGACUAUCGACUCAACACAAACUUCCAGAACAUCACUGAUGCACUGUACAAUGCUGCGCUUCGUGGUCACGUCCAUAUGUUGCCACCACUCUUUGAUCUCAUUGGACAGCUUAGCACGGACUCUGCUGAGAAGCUACCACAUGAGAUUCACAAGACCGUGAUGACCUGCGUGCAGAAUGAUCGCACCAACGCAGUUCGCACACUCGUCUCGGAGAUGAUUGGCGAGCAUCGUAUACUUGUUGACAACCUCACAGAGUACCUGCGUAUGGCACUGGACUAUGAGAACAUGCUGCUCAUCAAGUACUUCCUGGAGCUGGUGCGACAGUACCAAGUGGCCAUCUCUAGCAGCCUCCUCAAGCUAUCAUACAAGGGCGCCAAUGCAAAUGUCUUGACAUUGUUGGAGGAGCUAAACAUAAACAUAUCUGACACUGCUACAGUUGCUGAUGUUGUUCAAUCUCAGUUGCUGUAG